AGUGGCUAUGAAGUAAUCCGUUUCGUAUAGUGCAAAUGGUAUAUUAUUCACAUUCGGUCAGACUCAUACCCACGGUAGAAAAGAUCUGCUACAAUGAUUUAGGCAAGAUUUUUAUGUGUUAUGGAUUAAAAUAAGAAGAUUAUGUUCGUUGAAGAAUUUACCACGAUAGAGGAGUGGGCGGAGAUACGGCUCCAGCUGUAAGGCGAAACGAGUAAAACGAUUAAGAGGAAGAGUUUACCUGUUUCGCCAGGUCAGGUCUAUGGCUUUUUGUGUUUUCCCCAGCACCGUGGUAGGACAGCAGCUGAGCCUGAGCGCAGGUAGUGCUGUGAGGGAUGGACUCGUUUCUCACUAUAGACCCAUGGGUUGUAAUUGGUCGCAACGCCUCUUUCAUUAUUAAACCGGCUGGACGGGAGGAAAGUGCUCUUCUUCCCUGUCCAUCCUGACGACAUAGGUUUAAGUUUAAACUAAAUAAAAAUAGAGAUUAAAAAUUAGGGCGGCAGGAUGGACUACCAGAAGAAGAAGAAACUGACCUUUUUCACUAUCGGGCUCAUCUUCCUUUUGAGUGGCAUUGAAUACGCGGUGAUCCUGCCCACUAUCUGGCGGUACCUGCAGACGCUGGGAGCAGAGCCCUAUUUCCUGGGUUUGGGCCUGUCUGCGUUCAGCCUGACCGGACUGCUGUCCGGGCCGCUGUUCGGGCACUGGUCAGACCGCACGCGCCGCACCAAAGCCAUCAUCCUCUUCGCCAACCUCUUCGAGAUUGCUGGAAACAUCAUGUACUUUAUGGGCUACUCAAAAUGGCUGCUAUUGUCCAGCAGGCUUGUGGCAGGUAUCGGGACGGGUGCAGGCGCCUCGAUCUUUGGCUACCUGACGCGGAGCACGCUGCCGGAGGACCGUGCCACUGUGUUUGCAGCUGUGAUGGCCUGCCGGCAGGCUGGACUCCUGAUUGGCCCGGCCUUCAACCUGUUCUUGAGAUUGUGCGACUUCCACCUGGGACCAUUCAUUGUGAAUAAGUACACAUCGCCAGGGCUGUUCAUGUGUUUCCUGUGGGUGCUGCUGCAGCUGGUGGUCCUAUUCCUGUACUGGGACAUCCCUCCACAGGGGGCAUCGCAGCCCCAGGGGGAUGCUGAGAAGGAAGAGGAGAAGCUCCUAGUGCCUCCAGUGACCCCUGAGCCAUCGUACGGCAGUGUUGGCCCUGGUGUGCCCAGCUCUGUGGGUGUCGCACACAAUCAUGUCCUCCCCAAUGGCACCGUGAGCCCCCCCUCACCCCCACCCUCCCCUCCUCCAUCCACACUCACCAACCCCUUCCACCGUUUCAGCGCCAGCAAAGAGUACCUGCGGGAGGAAGUGGUGGUGCUGCUCACAGCUCAGUUCAUCACUCUCUUCAACCAGACUGCACUGGAGACUAUGGUGACCCCCCUGACCCAGAAAUACUUUAACUUUGGGGAGCUGGAGAAUAGCAUUAUGUACUGCCUGUGUGGUGUGGAGGUCAUCGCUGGGUUCUUCUUCGUGCGCUGGCUGAGCCGGCGCUUCACGGACCGCGUGGUCCUCGCUGUGGGGCUCAUCAUCUCCAACGUGUCCUGCGUCUGGUGCCUCAUCUUCCUCGCAAACCCACAGGGCGGAUUACCCUGGCAGCUGACAGAGUUCGUUAUCGGGGUGUUCCUUCAGGUUCUGGGGCUCCCAUUUGUGGCAGUCUCUCAGGUUUCUCUGUUCUCCAAAGUGACGGCAGAGAAAACUCAGGGCUUCAGUCAGGGGCUGCGGCGCUCUGUCGGGGGACUGGCGACAAUCCUGGGGCCACUGUGGGCAGGAGGGCUGACAGGGAACCUGUACAUCAUGCUGGGAGUCAUGAUGGCCCUGCUCCUCAUGCUUACUGUGAUGAUGGUGUUCUCCUAUGAUCAAUUAGUGGAGCCCACUGUCAUCAUAAACCAUACUGAUGUCCAAGAGGACUGUGGGUAGGGGCUGCUUGUGGUCUCCAAGGAGAUGAGCAGUGGAAGGUGUCUGGUGGAUCCACUGCCCACCCUGUGGACUGCUGGCUGGAAGAGGUCUUCUUCAGGAUAGCACUGGGACAAGGCAGGGCUGGAGUACUACCUUAGUGUACUGGGAUACUUUUCCAGACUGAGCAUCCUGCAUCCCUGUUUUCACCUCAUAACACUAACAUUACAGGUCCUUCUAUACACUGAAUUACACAAUUACACAAUUUUGAUCCACUAGCAUUUUACUUCACAGUCCACGUGAUCCCUGUCUCAGGGCUCAAGAAUUUGGCCUAUUUAAAAUUCUCUGCUUUUUAAAGUUGCUGCUGAUUUUAAAGGUAGAACUGGAUACAGCCGGUGUCUUUCCACUUUGAAAGGAUGAAUUUAUUUGCGUUUAGAAAGAUUCAGAGGAUUUCAUCACUGUUUGGCCUACAAGUCCAGUGUUCCACAAAGCUGAGCCACUCUCCAGAGCCGCAGUGGUGAUCAACUCCCAUUCUGAGAAUUCAGUUCUGUAGGUUUUCUUUUACUCUAAAUUGCUCAAGCAAAACCUCCGUAACACAAGAGCACAGAAAGCAAAGACGUCUUUAACAACUGAGCCAUAGACCUGCUGGGAUUGCGGUUUUGCUGUCCAUCAGAGCUAUAGAGACAUAAUAUGGAGUUUUAAUAUACAGUUUCAGUGUCAGUAUGGAGUGCAAGCACAGAAUCUCAGCACAGUGUUUGAGUCUCCUGGUGGGGUAGUCUGUAUUGAUGCACAAUGAAUGUAAUUAAACUCCGUAUAUUUCCUGUGGAAAAUAUAUUGUCAAUAAAAUAUUAAACUGUUUUCAUGUUGGUUGAAGCUAAGCAUUAGGGGUCCAAACGGGAAGAAAACUGUUAACGCAUCACAUGCUACCCCCCUCAGUCUGUCUGUUUUCCACUGCAGUGUACUACAUUUAUGUUGCAGAAUAUAUUACAGAAAACCUUGCUAUCUCUUGCUAGUGGUGCUACUGUAUGUCAUUCUUGUGGCCUACAUUUGAACAAUACCUCUGUAUUUCUGCUGUAGUAUAUAAAUAAUGUAAACAUACA